AUGUCCUACGUAGCUCAAAUUUUUGACCCACUAGGGCUAGUAGGACCCACUGUUGCAAAAGCGAAGCUGUUCAUGCAAUGUUUAUGGGCGUUAAAGACACCGAACAACGAACGGUACGAAUGGGAUCAACCUUUGCCUCCGAAACUGCAGCAACAAUGGAAAGAAUUCCACACAACUAUCGAUCUUCUUCGCGAAGUUCGAGUACCCCGAUUUACCUCUGUCAUAGACGCUGUAAGCAUUGAGCUCCACUUCUUUGCCGAUGCCUCUAAUAAAGCCUACGGAACAUGCUGCUAUGUCCGCGCCCAAUCCACCAGUGAGGUGGGUGUGAAGCUCCUGGCGUCGAAAUCGAAACUUUCGCCUCUCGCUGCUCGACAUACUAUAGCCAGGCUGGAACUGUGUGCAGCUCAUCUAUCGACGCAGCUGUACAAAAAGGUUGCCUCAUCUCUCAAGACCGUUCCACCGGCUUUUUUCUGGUCCGACUCUACCACAGUGAUCCAGUGGCUCCGUUCAUCCCCAGGACGUUGGAAAACGUUCGUAGCAAAUCGCGUAAGCCAAAUCCAAGCAACGACUACUAUUGAAAGGUGGAAUCACGUAGCGGGUUCUGAUAACCCCGCGGACGACAUUUCCAGGGGACUAGAUCCAGCCGAUCUUCUCAACAAAACGCGGUGGUGGAAUGGCCCAUCGUGGCUGAAGCUAUCUCCGGAUCAAUGGCCUGCCGGGAUAACUUCUGCAGCUGAAUCAUCGGAAGUCACCCACGAAACCCGUAAAAUUCCCAUCGUUGCCAUGACCUCCGUUCACCUAUCGUUCAACGAUGAACUGUUCUCCAGGUACUCAAGUUUUUCGGCACUCCGCCGUACUGUCGCAUGGUCGCUGCGCUAUCUCCAAGCCCUACGUGACCGUGCAAUCGCUCGUCGCUGUUUUCCUGAAAAAAUAAACAAACCAGCACUGUCUAAAUCUGCUACUACACCACUCAACUCUGAAGAACUCCAAUCCGCCGAUCGAAUGCUGUGUCGCUUGGCGCAGCGCGAAAGCUUUCCUGAAGAGCACAGCGAUCUGUCCGCUGGUAUGCUUGUUUCCAAAUGUAGUCCGUUGAAGUGGUUGAAGGCCUACAUAGAUGAGUUCGAGCUGAUCCGCGUCGGUGGACGCCUCCAUAAUGCCGAUUUAUCGGAACAAACAAAACACCCUAUUGUCCUUUGUGCCAAACAUCCGCUGGCACGUCUCCUUGCUGUUCAGUACCAUAAUACGCUACUCCACGCUGGGCCACAAUUAAUGUUGGCUAGUCUACGUCAAAAAUUCUGGAUACUGGGCGCAAGAAAUCUCGUCAGAGGCGUCUACCAUCAGUGCAUUACUUGCUUUCGCAGCAAAUCAAAUUUGAUCCAGCAAACCGUCGCCGAUCUUCCAGUUUCGCGCGUUACUCCAACGCGACCUUUCUCUGGAGCAUCUCAUGCUCCACACCAGGUGUACAGAAUGCUGAAGCAGGACAAUGAAGACCGAAACCAAAUUUUCUCGUGGUGCGCCAACAACGAAAUCCGCUGGAAGUUCAUCCCUGCAAGAGCGCCCCAUUUCGGAGGUCUCUGGGAAGCUGCGGUGAAAUCCGCAAAGACCCACCUCCUGAAGGAAAUCGGCAAAACCAGUUUGUCGUAUGAGGACCUGCUCACCCUUUUAGCACAGGUGGAAAUGUGCCUCAAUUCCCGUCCGGUGACACCCCUGUCGUCGGAACCAACCGAUCUGGAAGCCCUGACACCUGGACAUUUCCUAGUGGGCUCCAAUCUCCAAGCUGUUCCUGAAUUUAGUUCAAGCAACGUUCCUAAAAACCGACUCGAACAUUACGAACAAACUCAGCGCCAUCCGCAACGAAUAUGGUCACGAUGGUACCCGGAAUACCUGCAGCAGUUGCAGUCCAGGGCUAUGCAAGGCUGCCAAACUCCAAAUCGCGUGAAAACUGGACAAAUCGUCGUGAUCAAAGAUGACUGUCUUCCGCUCGCCCAGUGGCCAACCCAGUAA